UGUCGUUUCUGGUUUCUAUAAGUUGAAACAGCUUUGCGAUUAGCAUCACUUGGGACUCGAGAGGGUCGAGUGUGACCAGUUUUAGCUUCGUUUAUCGCUUCUCACUCCCAACUCUCAAAUUCUCGUAUCCUUGAUUUCUUCUUCAAACACCAAAGCACGAUUCACAGCAAGAAAAUCCCGAUGUUGCAGCUUUCUAUUCAACGAGUGAAGAAGUUGAACAUUUUGAGGCCGCAGAUCUUUGCUUUGGGAAGUUCAUAUAUGUCAACGGUUGCUCAGCCAUCUGCCAGUAAGCGCAAUCCGCAGAGGGUUCCAAAUCUUAUUGGAGGCAGUUUUGUUGACUCCAAAUCAUCAUCUUUCAUUGAUGUCAUAAACCCAGCAACCCAAGAAGUUGUUUCAAAACUUCCUUUGACUACAAAUGAAGAGUUUAAAGCUGCUGUAUCUGCAGCAAAAAAAGCAUUUCCAUCAUGGCGUAACACUCCUAUUACAACACGCCAGCGUGUGAUGCUGAAACUUCAGGAGCUUAUUCGUAGAGAUAUGGAUAAACUUGCACUGAGUGUGACCACUGAACAAGGAAAGACGUUAAAGGAUGCACAAGGAGAUGUAUUCCGUGGUUUAGAGGUUGUGGAACAUGCUUGUGGGAUGGCAACUCUACAAAUGGGGGAAUAUGUUUCAAAUGUAGCACAUGGAAUUGAUACUUACAGUAUUAGAGAACCACUUGGUGUCUGUGCUGGUAUUUGUCCUUUCAACUUCCCUGCAAUGAUUCCCUUGUGGAUGUUCCCAAUUGCUGUUACAUGUGGUAAUACCUAUGUUCUAAAGCCAUCAGAGAAAGAUCCAGGUGCUUCUAUAAUGCUAGCUGAAUUGGCAUUGGAGGCUGGUUUGCCGGAAGGUGUCCUAAAUAUAGUCCAUGGAACACAUGAUAUUGUGAAUGCUAUUUGUGAUGAUGACGACAUCAAAGCCAUAUCCUUUGUUGGUUCAAAUGUUGCUGGAAUGCACAUAUAUUCAAGAGCAGCAGCUAAAGGGAAACGUGUUCAAUCUAAUAUGGGGGCCAAGAAUCAUGCCAUUGUCUUGCCAGAUGCAAAUGUUGAUGCUACUUUAAAUGCUUUAGUUGCUGCUGGUUUUGGUGCUGCUGGACAAAGGUGCAUGGCUCUCAGUACAGUUAUUUUUGUUGGAGGCUCAAAACCUUGGGAAACUAAACUUGUUGAGCGUGCCAAAGCCCUUAAAGUAAAUGCUGGAACUGAACAUGAUACUGACCUUGGUCCAGUCAUCAGCAAACAGGCAAAGGAGCGGAUACAUAGAUUAGUUCAAUCUGGGGUUGACAGUGGUGCCAGACUACUGCUUGAUGGAAGAAAUAUAGUGGUACCUGGAUAUGAGUCUGGAAAUUUUGUUGGCCCAACCCUCCUAUCCGAUGUCAAUGCCAACAUGGAGUGCUACCAGGAGGAAAUUUUUGGCCCAGUUCUUCUUGUGAUGGAGGCUGAGAGCUUGGAUGACGCCAUAAACAUUGUCAACCAAAACAAGUAUGGUAAUGGUGCUUCAAUAUUUACUACCUCGGGUGUUGCUGCAAGGAAAUUUCAGACUGAGAUUGAGGCUGGACAGGUUGGCAUCAAUGUCCCUAUUCCGGUUCCUUUGCCCUUUUUCUCAUUUACUGGCAACAAGGCAUCAUUUGCAGGGGAUCUCAAUUUCUAUGGCAAGGCAGGAGUUAACUUCUAUACACAGAUCAAAACAAUAACUCAGCAAUGGAAGGAUUCUGCAGCUGGUGGUGGCAAGGUUAACUUGGCAAUGCCUACCUCUCAAAAAUCUUGAGAACCUGAGCAUGAAGAAGUACAUAAUGUUUCUGAAACACUUGAAUAAAAUCAAUGUUAAGGUCUCAUGCUCUUCA